CCAGCUCUUCAGAAAGAGCAGCUUCGUCGGUGGAGGCUGCUGGCCAAGCACGUUGAGGAGUUAACCUCGGUACUGGAAUUCCUCAGCAUCUUGGAGCAGUGUCUUGCUACUGAGGACUCGACGAAGACCGACUGGACAAUUCUAAGCAUAGCUCAAGGAAUAGCACCAGGAACGCUAUGGUGUGGCCAGAACCAACUGGCGCAGGACCUGAAAGACCUGGGUAUCCUGAAAGGAGUGGACCGUUGCUGCCGGUUUCACGACCUCUGCCCUGUUCAAAUUGGCCCAUUCAGCAAGUACAAGGGCGUAGUAAACACGUCACCCAAGACACUGAGCCACUGUGAUUGUGAUGUCCACUUCGCAGACUGUCUGGGUAAAGUGAAAACACUCGCCUCCCAGGUCAUCUUCCACGCUUACUUCAAUGUGAUUUAUCGCGGCGGACUGUGUGCUCGCCAAAGACACUUCAUCGAAACAACGGUGUUAACAAAGAGCUUCCUUAAUAUGUGGGCGGAUAUAAGUUCCAUGAUUCAGUUUAGUAUCCCCGAACUGUCAGUGUUCCAACAACGAAACAUUGCUAGGAAAAGAAGUCUUGCAGCAGAGUUAAUUGUAAAUCAGUUUGCACAGACUAUUCCUGGAAAUUAUUCAACACGGACUGUGACUGGAGGCAGUGAAGCAAGUUAUGUGGCUGUUGAACUGAGUGAGGAGCCACAGUCAGCCACAGAAAGCGGUGUAAAGAUCCAAAAAGAAGUAAAAACUACGUAUAAUGUGAAGUUCACAUAUAACAGUAACACAGAGGAAAUUGUUCCUGUUGUCCCUACAGUUCAUUCACUCGCCACUACAGCUGAUCUUAACCACACCACCAUAGCUGUUGAUAAUCAGACACUCGGUGAUUGGAAAACAGAACAGGUCUUAGUACCUGAAAAUCUGACAGUGAUCCAUGAAGAAUAUACCACGCAAGGCAUUGGGGCUACUGAACGGAUAACAGAUAAACCGGAAAAUAAAGAGAGCGAAUUUUUGGCUCAUUAUAACGAGACCUCCAUUAGCACAACUUCAGUCUCAGAGACAGCCUUACACGAGACUUCUGCUCUUCCUUUUGAGGCAAGACCAUAUACAACGUCGGAUACAGCUUUUGCAUCAACUCUACCUUCAAAUACAGAAGAGAGCCAACCUUUGGAUUCACUGUUCUUUUCAGUUUCGACUCUUCCUUCAUAUUCAGCUCCCGAUGAUAGUGAUCAUGCAUCUUCGCCCACAUCACCAGACCGUGUUUCGGUGACCGACGGGAACGUCCUUGGAGAGAGAGAGACUCCUAGUAACAAGUACGAGGAGAUAGCCCUGCUGGAAGGAAGUUUACGUCUGACUGAGAGCGAACUCCCACUUCUAAGAGAAUUUUUGGGGGAAAACUUUAGUGAUGAGCAACUAAGAGAAAUUAUACUUGAAUACACUCGCAGGCUUGAAGAAAUAUUGAAGCUUACACCAAAUGUUAGCGACCUCGAAAAUGAUCAGUUUGAGGAUCUUCGCUCUCGUAUGGUAAGCGAUGUAUUAGAUAAAGUAAGGCCAAGCGUAUUUAUCGGAAAAAAGGUAGAAAUGCCACAGGAUCACCAUGUUUUGGAUGACGGUGACCUGCAACAACUGGAUAAGAGCGAGACUGAGGUCCAUGAUUCCGCCAUAGAAGAGGACUAUGUGAGACAUGAUGGACCGGUGGAGAAUAACAUCUCAGGAGGAGACGACACCUACAUCAUUGUGAGGUUCAGAGAUUAUAUUUUGUUCUACUAUAAUGCCAUUGAACUAGAAAACUUAUAAUUUUAUUAAUUUUAAAUAUUUUAAUUAGCUUUGUUAAAAUUAAGAGAAUGUAAUAUUGCACAAAACAAAUAUGUAGUAUUUAGACGUUAAAUACAGUGUACAGUUUAUACCUAACAAUGAAGGAAUUACUGAAUAUAUUUUUUUUUUUUUAAUUUUGAUUUUAAUUAUUUUUUAAAGUCCCCUUUUGUCGCUCGAUAUAUUAAAAUAAACUGCCAACAUCUU